AUGGUCAAGUUCCUCCUGUUAUUCCUGUCCACACUCCCCUUCAUCGGGGCUUCUUUUGGUCAUCGCGGCGCCUUACACACCGCCGAUGAUUUUAUACGCAUGGCAAAUUAUGUAAAUGCAAAAUCAAUUCCCUGGUACACAGACUGGAAGCUCUUGCUAAAUAGUACGUAUGCUCAAAGCACCUAUAAGCCGCAGGCUGUCUCCGCUAUUUACAGGGGCUCUGACGGCAUUCAUGCCGAAAACUACCAGCUUCUCUAUGAAGAUGCUGCUGCCAUGUACCAACUUGCCAACACUGCUGAAGUAAUGCGAAUUUACCCUGGCUGGUCCUCGACAGACAUCACAACCUUCCAAAACAUGAUGGAAGAUGUUUUUGCAGGGCAGAAUGAGUUUUUUCUUAGAACUCAUAAUGGGUCUGCAGAUAUUCCAUACGCUAACUGGGAUUUAUGCAACAUGGCCUCGAUGUUAGCCAUCAGCAUUUUGAACGACAAUUCAACUAAAUUCAAUUGGGUAGUGGACUACGUCUACGACGGAUGGGGCCACGGAGCGGUCGGAAAUGGUACGAACUUCAUCGUAGCCAGUUAUACCGAGUCAGGGUCGAGAAAGAUCUUAUUUCAAGGUCAGGAGGCUGGCCGCGAUCAGGGCAACGCCACUCUGGAUUUCACUCUCGCGGGAGUCUUAACUCAACAGAUGAAACGGUUUCCGCAUAUUGAGCCGAUUACCAGAAUUACAUAA